AUGACCUGUCCCAAAGUCGUGGAAGCCGCCAUCGAGGCCCUUCCCCAGCAGCAUAAGUCCAUCCUCAUCCAGCUUGAAAACCUGUACUUUGACUACAUUAACCAAAGGCCUAGGAAGGAGCUCUCCGAGGAUCUGAACUCUCUGAGCCAGACCGCAUACAAGUUGGCCAAAUAUAUUGAAGAGAACGACAAGAGCGACACCGGGUUCUCAGAUUCGGCCUGCGCCAUUUCAGCUGGGAUAUUGGAGGCCGCUGUCCUGGUCAAGGAGACACCAUACUUCGUUCAUCAUGUCAAGCCAGUUCGUAGUGCGAUGGAAAAUCUCCUACAAGCCACCUUUCGCGAGUUCAGAAAGAUAGCUGGACAGGUAGGUUCCACCGAGGAGCAGCCCUCUUGGAGGUUUAGGAUGAACAUUGUCGAUCGACGCCUGAAGGAGCUCGGACUCGCUGGUACCAAGCAAGGCGAUGAUAUAUCCAUGGACUUCUCUCGAUGGUUUGAUAAACAGUAG